UAUUUCCGGUAAGGCCGGAAGUGGCCUGGGGAGGGUAGCUGGGCGUCUCCAGGCGGAAGUGGAGCAGCCGGGAGGAGGCGAGCUGGGCAGAGGCGCUGAGAGAUGACAGAGCUGCAGAGCCUAGUCGAACGGUUGGAGAAAGCUGUGGGGCGCUUGGAGAUGGUGUCUCAUGGUCCUGGCACGCACGGCGGUUAUGGAGACGGCUCUCCGAAAGGACUAGCUGAGUAUGUGCAAGCUUUUGACUCUCUCUUGGCGGGUCCAGUAGCUGAAUAUGUGAAGAUAAGUAGAGAAAUUGGUGGUGAUGUCCAAAAACAUGCUGAGAUGGUCCAUGCAGGGUUGAUGACAGAGAGAACUCUCCUGGUGAUGGCAUCUCAGUGCCAGCAGCCCACAGCGAACAACUUCUCAUCCCUGCUGAAGCCAAUAUCGGAGCAGAUCCAAGUGGUCCAGAGUUUCCGGGAGAAGAACCGUGGCAGCAAACUCUUCAACCACCUCUCGGCAGUGAGCGAGAGCAUCCCUGCGCUAGGCUGGGUCGCCAUGGCCCCCAAACCAGGCCCUUACGUGAAGGAAAUGACCGAUGCCGCCAUGUUUUAUAGCAACCGGGUCCUCAAGGAAUACAAAGAUGUAGAUAAGAAACAUGUGGCCUGGGUGAAGGCUUAUCUGAGUAUCUGGACAGAGCUGCAGGCGUACAUUAAAGAGCAUCACACCACCGGGCUGUCCUGGAGCAAAACGGGACCUAUACCGACCGAUGUGGGAAAUGGGUCUCGGGCUCCUCCUCUUCCUUGUGGGGGCCCCCCGCCCCCACCCCCUGGCCCCCCGCCUCCUCCGGCUCCUGCCCCCACAAGUUCUGGCUCUGAUGACCCUGCAUCUCGCUCAGCCCUUUUUGCCCAGAUCAACCAAGGAGAAGCCAUCACUUCUGGCCUGAAGCACGUAUCUGAUAACAUGAAGACCCACAAGAACCCGUCGCUGAAGAACCAAGGCGGCUCAGUGCGGACGGGACCCAAGCCUUUCACGGCUCCGAAGCCCGCCUGUGCUAUCAACCCCUCCCAAAAACUUCCCACAAAGAAGGAGCCUCCUGUGCUGGAGCUGGAAGGCAAGAAAUGGAGAGUGGAGAACCAAGAGAAUGCCUCCAACUUGGUGAUCAGUGACACCGAGCUGAAGCAGGUGGCCUACGUCUACAAGUGUGUGACGAGCACACUCCACAUCAAAGGCAAGAUCAACUCCAUCACACUGGAUAACUGCAAGAAGCUGGGUCUGGUGUUCGACGACGUGGUGGGCAUCGUUGAGAUCAUAAACAGCCGGGACGUUCAAGUUCAGGUAAUGGGAAAAGUGCCAACCAUUUCCAUCAACAAGACAGACGGUUGUCACAUCUACCUGAGCAAGAGCUCCUUAGACUGCGAGAUCGUCAGUGCCAAGUCCUCAGAGAUGAACGUCCUUGUUCCCACAGACAGCGGUGACUUCAACGAGUUUCCCAUCCCCGAACAAUUCAAGACGCUGUGGAACGGGAAGAAGUUAGUCACCACGGUGACGGAAAUAGCUGGAUAAGCUCCCCUGACACCCUCCCCUCGCCCCUCGCCCCACGGCCACCGUGGGACAAACCUGCUUUUUUGGGGGAUGAUUUUUAGAUUUCCUGUACCUUUUUCCGCUCUCAAUCUGCUUCUGUCUUCUCCUGGAGAGACUUGCCUACCUUCCUUCACUGAAAAUACCUCAGGCUGGGAAUUGGGGUAGGGUGGCAGGAUCAUUCGCUUCUUCUAUCUGUCGAUCAGCAGGAAGGUGUGGUGUUUCGGUCGGACAAAAACCCCAUCACCAAUCAGUUUUUGUCCAGCCUUUUUGUGCUGAUUGGAGCAGUUAUCCUUGACUGGCUUCCAGGUGUACUUCCCCCCCCCCCCCCGCGGUCAUUUGAGCGAGGAACAUUGUCCCUCUUGGAAGAAAACAAGUAUCAGGGUAUAGAGUCCCCAGUGAUGUGUAUGUGAAAGUGUGGUUUGGGGAAAUACAAGGAAUUGACUAAAUUCUGCUCAACUCAUCUAACCAGGGGUGUUGAUUCCGGGAAUGGCUUUGCUGGACCAAAGGUUGCAGACUGGGAUGUGUAGCAUUCCUCCUUCCCCCCCCCCCCCCAUUAUUCCCCCCCUUCCUUGUGCUCAGUGUAAAAUUCUGUGUUGUGCCAUGACGUUGGGGGAGAUCUCUCGGUUACAGGUGCCACAAGACUACCAUGGAACAGGACCCUCCCCCCUCACUUCCGGGAGUCUGUCGAGCAGCUAGAGCGCUGCUGCUCCCCCACUUCCACUCAAGCCUUCCUCUAAAGGGAAAGUUGUGCCCAAAGGGCCCCUCUCUUCUGAGCAACUGAACACGGUUCAGUCUUCCAGGGCAGUUUCCCCCUCUUUCCUAGGGAGGGGUGGUUCUCCAUUCCCAAGUCCAGUAUUUAAUUACUUGUAAGCACAAGUCCACUGCAGUUGGUUCUGUCAUUUUUCAUCAAAGCUUCUUUACCCGGUAGAAUGUGGAAGAGCUCCAUUCUUCCUCUGGCUCCCCCCCGCCCCCCCCGUCCUGCUCGGCUUCGUCCUCUCCGCAGGCAGUCCAGCGUGUCGGCAACGCAGUGCAACGGUUGUGCCAAGGCAGGGUCCUGUACUGGCCCACCCAAGGGAGCAGCCUCUGCGCCUGAGUCGCCGUGUCUUGGAUCGCGUAUCUUAUUUCCCCCUUUGCCACAUUAAUGAGUUUUUCACUAAAAUGAAACUUAACAGAAGAUAUGCAAUUUUUCUUUUCUUUUUUUGAAACUGUCCUGUGACUUUUGUUCUUCUCUCCUGAGGCUUGUGGAAAUAAACUUUCUUAUGUACUUAAAAAUUAUACUGAAGAUAGAAUAAAGUUAAUGCCAAGUUGCUCAUUAA